ACUCCUCUGUAUUUCUGUCUGUAUUCAGUCUGAGUGUUCAGUCAGUGUUCAGUGAGGUUCAUCUGAGCUGCUGAUUUACUCACAAUCCAGGAUGAAGUUAUUGUUGAUCUUCUUCACACUCAUGUGUGUGACGGACACUGAAGCAGGCGUUAAACAACACACACUGGAUUUAGUCGCUUGUUCAGACACUGAUGAGGAGUAUAUGGUGGGGAUCGAUGGAGAGGAGCGGUUUUAUGCAGAUUUUAAACAGAAGAAGGGAGUAGAUGCGCUGCCUCCAUUCUCUGAUCCUAUCGACUUCCCCGGAGCAUACGAGUACGCCGAGGCUAACAUGGGCGUCUGUAAACACAACUUAGACGCGUGGAAAAAAGACUUUAAAGACAUGCCUGUGCCUCAGGAUGCCCCACAGAACUCCAUCUACCCCAAACAAAAGAUGCAGCUGGGUUCAGAGAACACACUCAUCUGUCACUUCACACGUUUCUUCCCUCCACAUGUUACUGUGCGCUGGACCAAGAACGGUGAAGACGUGACGGACAAAUCCACACUCAGUCAGUUCUACCCAAAUGAAGACAACACCUUCAACCAGUUCUCUCACCUGUCCUUCACCCCACAGGAAGGAGACAUUUACACCUGCACAGUGGAGCACAAGGCGCUGGAUUCACCUGACACCAGGACAUGGGAGGUGAAUGUUGAACUUCCCAGUGUUGGUCCGUCUGUGUUUUGUGGUGUUGGUCUGUUUGUAGGUUUGCUCGGAGUCGCUACUGGAACUUUCUUCCUGGUUAAAGGAAACCAGUGUAACUGAAGCUUCAGACAGAGGUGAAGAGACGCAUUAGAUUCCUGCCAUCAACUAAAGUUUCAGUCAUCUGUUAGAGCACUGAAGUGUUUAUCUGUUCCUCUGUACAACUGUGUGUUGGAUUCUUCUAAACUCACUGCAUAAAUCUGUUAAAGUGUUUGUCAUUUAUAGAAAUGUCUAAUUGAUGUUAGAGGAGAGAAGGAAAGUGAAUAUGAACAGGAAUUCUUACAAAUAAUAAAAUAAAUCAACUUUAUUUAUGUGAAAA